AUGGUUCAGCAACGAGCUCCGACUUGGAGCAUCCCGCUGCAUCCUUACACUGAGGAAAAUAUGUUUUAUGAAUGCGUCCAGCUUGACACUGUCCCUGGCACGCACGCACUUGAUCAAUCAUGCGACGCCAUCGAUGUUUCCAAGCUGGCGGACGAGGAUGUGGAUUUUGCGGAGAAUGCGGUUGAGGAUGUGGAUGUCGAUGUAGAUGUGGAUGUGAAUGUGGCUGUGGAUGUCAGACCUUUAUUUGAGCUGACAAAUGUUAAAUGCACUUCCGUGAAUGAAUCUUUUGCUAGUUUUGGCUACUGCUACCUGAAGUCCGUAAAUAGAACAUACAAGUAUGGGUCCUUAAAAGUAAAAUUACACCAGGUGCCCAUUUACAAAAUUAAAGUGAAUUUUGCGAUUUAUCAACGAUUAAACGGAUACAAACCAUUUCUCUAUAAUGUCACUGUUGAUGGGUGCAAGUUUAUCAAAAAUCAGAAGUCUUCUCCAGUAUUUUCAUUUAUUUUUAACAUGUUUGCUACCUACUCCAAUAUGAAUCACACUUGCCCUUACGAUCAUGACAUCAUUCUGGAAAAAGUCCCGUAUUCCUUUAUAGAAAAUCAUUUGACGAAUACCUUGCCGUUUCCCAAAGGAGCUUAUGGAUUCUUUAGUCAUUGGUAUGGUGAAGGGAAAAAACGAGCAUCAGUUAAUGUAUAUGGUACACUGACCUAA